AUGCUCAUCAUCUCGUCCCGCAGCGCGCUGCUGUCCGUCUACUACCCACAGAUCUUCCUCAUCCUCACCAGCGGUAGCUACCUGGCGCUGUCCUCUGUGGUAGCUCUAGGUGCUAACAUCAUCUGCAACAAGAUACCGGGACUGGCCCCCCGUCAGAGAGCCCUCUGUCAGAGUCGCCCUGACGCCAUCAUCGUCAUUGGCGAAGGCGCCCAGCUGGGCAUCAAUGAGUGUCAGUACCAGUUCCGCUACGGCCGGUGGAACUGCUCAGCCCUGGGAGAGAGGACCGUCUUUGGACAAGAGCUGAGAGUAGGCAGCAAGGAGGCAGCAUUCACUUAUGCCAUCACUGCAGCCGGAGUUGCCCACGCAGUGACCACAGCUUGUAGCCAAGGCAACCUCAGCCAGUGCGGCUGUGAUCGCGAGAAGCAGGGCUACCACGACCAAGAGGAGGGCUGGAAGUGGGGAGGCUGCUCAGCCGAUAUUAAGUACGGUGUGGAGUUCUCGCGGCGCUUUGUAGACGCCCGGGAGAUCAAGAAAAACGCUCGCCGGCUGAUGAACCUGCACAACAAUGAGGCAGGGCGAAAGAUCCUAGAGGAGAGGAUGAAGCUGGAGUGUAAGUGUCACGGCGUGUCCGGUUCCUGCACCACUAAGACCUGCUGGAUCACCCUGCCAAAGUUCAGAGAGAUUGGUUAUCUGCUGAAGGAACGCUACAGUGGAGCAGUUCAAGUGGAGCCGGUCCGGGCCUCGCGCCUCCGCCAACCCUCCUUCCUACGACUCAAAGAGGCUCGGGGCUACCAGAAGCCCACGGACACAGACCUGGUGUACCUGGAGCGUUCGCCCAACUAUUGCGAGGAGGACACAGCCACAGGAAGCACAGGAACACGGGGAAGACUGUGCAACGGCACUUCGACCCACACAACAGACAGUUGUAAUUUGAUGUGCUGCGGCCGGGGUUACAACACACACCACUACACACGCAUCUGGCAGUGCAACUGCAAGUUCCACUGGUGCUGUUUUGUCAAGUGCAACACCUGCAGUGAGAAAUCAGAAGUUUUCACCUGCAAGUAG